AGCCCAUAAAGAGCACUGACACAGAGAAUUCAUUUCACUCUUAGGAGUAACACUAGCUCAAACUCACACCAGUGACGGCACGUUGUCCUAAGAAAAGACAUUUUUCAGAGAGACCGCUUUGUCUUUGUUCAAAUUAUUGCAAGUUUGCAACUGCUCCUUGCACUGUAACGAUGAACGGAGAAGGAGAUGGACUGUGGAUGGGCUUUGAAGAUAGGCCCUUCGACAGAGAAGCUCUGAACGUAAUUUUUAUGUUUUUCAACGAACGAGAAAACAGAGAAAGACAUGCACGAGGAGACUGGGAAGUGCCUUGGAACUUCAUACCGCCAUCUGAAGAUCCUGGACCGGUCUUCCAGCAGGACAACAACGUGGCUGCCGACGAGGCUCACCUUGCUCCACACGCUGCUCCACAAGAACAACCGCAGCCCAGUGGAUCCAGGCGGCGACCUCGUGAAGAAGAUGAUGAGGAAGAGGAGAGAAGCAGUCGAAGAUUCAGAUGGUGGGAUGAAUUUGCAGACAGCGACUCAGACAACGACUGGGACAGUGAGGACAGUGAUGAAGAUGAGGGAGUGUCAGAGGAAGAAGACAAGGAUGAGGAGAGAAGCAGUAAGGCCGGCGAUGAGGCUAAGGAUGAGGGAACGUCAGAGGAAAGAGAGCAGGACCCACUUCCUGAAAGAAAAAGAAAGAGAGAAAGUGAUGAGGAUGAGGAGAGGAGCAGUAAAAAACUCAAGUGGUGAGAUGAGAAAGAGGGGCAAAUCCAGACUGUAACACCACCACUCACUGCGACAGAUACCUCCUCUACCUCGACCACAUGACAUCCCCUCACCCACCAUCGCACCAUCGGCCCACUUCUGGCACCACCACCAGCUGACUGUCCCGGAGGGGAUCCCUCUUUGAGUAGGCUGACUGCAACGACUACUGAAAUACUCAACAUUCACACAAGCAAUAUGUCUCCUGCAAGAAAUCAUUCAAUCCAUUUUGAAUGUCAAGUAAGUAAAAAAGGGAUUCCUUCCUGUUGUAAUUUUCAUCAUUUAUCUUACACGCUCACCACGGCACAUUUUCAUAAAUUGCAGUUUGUCAAGUACAGUAUAACCAAUUUCAGCCAGUUUCCCUGCAUGUCCUCAUCUCCAUAUUCCUGUCUCAUUCGGUUUUAAUUACAGCUGCUAGGAUUUAUACCGGACUCCUCAGAUCAGCCGUAACCACCGUGUUUACGACCACAUUUUAAAGAUGCUGCACCUAAGACUCGGUCGAAAUUACGCCGCACGUGUACGCAACGCUCCAGCACUUCCUUUCAUACGCAGCCUUCCUUCCUUUCUCAGUUCUGUGAAAAUAAAAGCACCAAUAUA